AUGCCUAGCGCCAGUGCUAAGUUGGCGUUUUUUGUGGGUGUGGGUGCUGUACUGAUCUGUGGAGAGCUCUUGCAAUCGGCGCAGGCCUACUCCCAAGUGCUAGUCAAUGGAGGGAGUGAUGGGUCGGCGGAGCAAGGACCUCGCAUCUUCAAGGCGCUCAACACUGACUUAAUAUUUCCAAGAACCUUCAAUUCGAGCGAAAAUGUGGUAUCCACAACAGAAGGCACAACCACGACGUCGACUCCGUCUUCACUUGUGCCCCCCAUUCCAUACAAUCAUCAGCCGGAACCCGAAACAGAUAUGGAUAAUGAAGGGCCCAUAUUUGUUACACCCGUAAGCAAUGUUCCGACUCCGGAUGUAAACGAGGAGGACAAGUCGACACCUCUAUCGGAAGCUACAGCCACUGGUCGCGCCGUCGACUAUCGAACCGGUUAUCCAUUUGGCCAGUUGUUAACGCCGCUCAUGAAGUCGAAAAGACCACAACAGUUCAAUUCGAGACCUUCGUCCAGUUCAGCUUAUUACUCCCCCAGGCAGCCGAGUAAGUUCACUGAUCGUUUCGCGCCUGGCGAGGGCGUCGCAGCCGGACAAUUCAAGGCACAUCACAACCACAACCAUGGAGCGAGUGGUAAAGUGACAGCCGGUUCGAAUGUGGUGCAAUCGUAUGUGCCUCCAAAGGAUCUUUAUUCUUUUCCUCCGCUCAAUGCAAAAUAUCCCUCGCCAUCGCAAGAUCCUAAAGCGGCGCAGCCAUCGAAUAGCAUCACUAGCUAUUUGCCUCCCGCUUCGGGUCCUUUAAGCCCUGCUGGCUAUUCGUAUCCUGGACCGCCAAUGCCGCAAUCUAAUGGCUAUAAGUAUCCUGGUCCAGUUAGCCCUGCUUUGACAGAUGGGGAGAAAGCUUCGGCGGCUAACAACCCUGCUGCCGCAGCACCAGUUGAUGACGAUCCUGGUAACGACGAUGUGAUUGGAGUUUUGCCCGCCAGCGCAAUGGACAAUUUACCGGCCAAUGUUCAAGACGUUAAGGAUGUGGGGGGAAGUGCCGAUAGCGGUGCCAGCACAGGUAGUGACGGCCCUGAUGGCGGAAGUGAUUUAGGAGAUGCUGAUGGGGAUACUGGUGAUAAGUUGCCCAUACCUGCACUACCAGACAGCGGCGGGACACCUAGCGGCGAUGAUAUGAAAUAUGAUACUAAUAUGGAAUAUCCCACCCCGCCACCUGGUUGGCUCGAGGCCCAUCCAGACUCUGCUGCACCAAAGCCGGAAGACCACGAUCACGAUCAUCAUCACGAACACUAUCACGAUGACCAUCAUGAUGAUCACAUUUCUGAUGUUAUUCCAGAACACUUUCAUGACCAUCCGCCCAGUUUUCAUGACCACCAUCAUUUCGACUAUACCGAGGACUCGUAUCCAGAGUUAAUUUACGAUGACCAUCCACACCACCAUCAUCAUCAUCCACAUCCACCACCACCGCCGCCACCUCCACCACCACCACCGCCAACGGCGCCGCCACCACCACCAUCUCCACCACCGCCACCACCAGAACCAAGAGUUAAAAAGUACAGUUACUUUUACAUUGGCCGCAAGCUAUGGUACAUUCCACUCUAUUUCACGGUGUGGUUCAGUUUCUACAUCCUGUGGUUGAUCAUAAAAUCUAUUGGCCGUCAUAAGGUCAACUUGCCAAACCACUAUGUUCAAAGACGCAGCCUACUCGACGAUAAUUCCCAGCGAAGUCGCGACGAAUAUCUCAAUAAUAUGACUGUUACAGUUCUGGAGCAUAUAGAUAAAUUUAAGCAGAAAUACUUGACCUAA